AGGGCAAGUAAUCUUUACUACCAAGACCUCAAUUGCGAUGUCGCCUAUCGAAAGACUCUCGUGGGAGGUCCUGGGCCUCAUCCUGUCACGUUUACCCAAGAACGAUGACGACCCGUCACUGCAAUUCGGAUUCGACGCGCCCCCACCGUCACCGUCACUUCUCCCUCUGUAUGCCACCGUAUGCAAGAGCUGGACUCAGCAUAUCGAGCGACGGACUUUCAAAUCCAUUCGAUUAAAGAGCACGGAGUUGGACGAAUUCUCCAGGCUCGUCAAAGGCCAUCGAGCCGCCGCGCUCUCUAGUCUGAAAUAUGAGGUCGUCCUUCCUACUUAUAGUGAGAAUGCUUGCGCAAAAUUCGAGACCAAGAAAGACCAGGGGCGGAACGAUGCCGUGUUCAUGGAUGCAAUUCAUGAUCUUUUCGAGGUUUUUAAGUCAUGGGAGACGGAUUCCAAAGCUGGCGGUGAGCGGGGAAAUGCUCAGCCUGGGACGGAAUCUAAAACUUCGACCAACUCUGGCUCUUUCGAAUUUGUGUUGUCUGACAUCUACUCUCCAAUGGAUGGCCCUCAUCGAGGGAAAGACAAAUACAAAGAAGAUCGUAUGCAAUGGGAACUCGGAAAGCGCCACGACCUGUGGAACUAUCGAUACGAGCAUUCUUUCUUGCAGCUCCGCCGAGCUGAAACUUUGCCGUCCAUAUCGCGAAUCUCGAGCUUCACUACAAAUAGCUGCUCGUCUCGAAUUGUUGCACCCAGUUCCCUUGCGAUUAUGGCGUCCAAAUUCACUAAUUUGCAAAACCUUCAAUGGGCGUGCGUUGACGACGAGAAGAAGUACCCCGAGGCCAGGGAGCAACUUCGUUAUGACUUUGCUCAAAACCUUCAAGGUCUCUCUCUUCACUCGCUCGUAAGCGUCGACCUCGAAUACAACCACGAGGCACCAUCAAAUCACAACUUCACCCCAAUCACGGCCCUGCACUCCAGCUCACCCACCACCGACCACCUCAGCAAAGCUCUCCAUCAUCUCAGUCAAGCCCCUAAUCUCACAACUUUCAAACUCGACGGGCCGAUCGUCAUCUCUCCCGCCCUAUUCUGGCCUUCCUCUCCUGAAGGCACCACACACACCUGGCCCAAACUCCAACAAUUCCACUUGAAGUUCAACCCUUGCACUCCGUCCGGCGGAUGGUACUUCACGCGGCGCCCCUCCAAAACCGCAGACGACGACCAAUGGGACUCCGAAGGCGAAGCCAUGCGCGCACGUGAUUCCGAGUCUGACACAGACAGUGACUCGGACGCCUCCGACAGCGCCAUCUGGGAUUCCUACCAUCCGAUCAAAGAAGGGCGUGCUCAGGGAACCAUUCCAUCGCGGAUAUUCAGGGACUACCCUAUUGAUGAGGAGAUCUUGCCGUUGUUGAAAGCGAUGGCGAAGGCUGUGGCGCGCAUGCCGGCUUUGCAGAUGCUGAGUGUGAUGGGAGCUCCGGAUGGGAAUCCGGAUGCGGUUUUUGAAGUCGCUUUCAUUGAGGCGGGAGUGUCGGACUUGAUGGACGAGAAUCCGGAGGAUUCAUUGAGGCCUAGACUUUAUUGGCAGACGGGCGAUUGGCGACCAGCUGAGGAAGUUCUUGAUUUGUGGAAGGAAGCAGCACGGGGGCUGUUGGUCAAGUUUUUUGAGUUUUAGCUUCUCUUGGGUAUGUCAUGGUAUUCUAUGAGAAUAUAUUGAC